UCAGACACCUCGGUAGCUUGUUGACAAAAUAGACGAACUAAUAAAGCUCUUUAGACGCUUUAGUGUUUAUUAGCCACUGGGUUUUAAACACACUUCUGUCGUCUUGUUCGUUAUCCCAUUUACGGCGUUGUUAUUAUUGGUCAUUUAGCGGGCUGGUUAAGUUAGCAUAGCUAGCUAACAUCUCCGACCAUGAGUUCACUAAGCUACUCUCCUGAUAAAGAAGAGGCGGUCUGCUGGACGGGGGAAGAGGGUCUCGUGAAAGAGGGGGAGGAGGAUGUUACAAUACAAAAACGAUUAGAGGGUGAGGCUGUUACCAUGAAAGAAGAAGAGAAAGACAAGGAAGAUGCGUUCCGAGUGAAAGAGGAGGAGGAUGUUACAUUAAAAGAAGAGGAGGAUGCAGUUUUUGGAGUUAAAGAGGAGGAGGAGGGGGAGAUGACUGUUACAUCGAAAAAGGAGGAGGAAGAAGAGGAGGAAACUGAAUAUCUGGGCCUGGAUUCCCAAAGGCAUCUUAAGGCGUCCAACGGUUCUAAUGAUGAACAUAGCAGUAAGAUGGUUUUGAGAAACCGUUCCCUGAUUAAUACUAGAGAGAGACGUGACCAUCGUGGAUCCUCUGGGGAGCCUCGACAACAUCAUGAAGCUGAAGAGGCAGACAAGAAUCUCUCCACAUCAGAACAUCUCAAGCGGAAACCCACAGGGAAGAAAUCUCUCCACUGCUCUGACCGUAGGAAGAGUUACUCAUUAUCAGGUUCACUGAAAGUGCACCAGAGAUUUCACACAGUAGAGACAUCUCACUGCUGCUCUGACUGUUGGAAGAGAUUCACCUCUUCAGCAGAGCUCAAAAGACAUCAGAGAAUCCAUACAGGAGAGAAACGUAAUAGCUGUGAUCAAUGUGGGAAGAGUUUUAAUGCUCCAAGCAGCCUGAAAACACACCAGAGAAUACACACAGGAAAGAAACCUUAUAGCUGCUCUGACUGUGGGAAGACCUUUUCAAAACUAUAUACAUUACAAUUACACCAGAGAAUUCACACUGGAGAGAAACCCCAUAGCUGUGAUCAAUGUGGGAAGAGUUUUACAACAUCUAGUCAUCUGACUAUUCACCAGAGAACACACACAGGAGAGAAACCUUAUAGCUGUGAUCAAUGUGGGAAGACAUUUUCCAAAUUAUAUACAUUACAAUCACACCAGAGAAUUCACACUGGAGAGAAACCUCAUAGCUGUGAUCAAUGUGGGAAGAGUUUUACUACAUCAAGCAAUCUGACUAUUCACCAGAGAACACACACAGGAGAGAAACCUCAUGGCUGUAGUCAAUGUGGGAAGAGUUUUACUACAUCUAGCAUUCUGACUAUUCACCAGAGAACACACACAGGAGAGAAACCUUAUAGCUGUAAUCAAUGUGGGAAGAGUUUUGUUACAUCCAGCAAUCUGACUAUUCACCAGAGAACACACACAGGCGAGAAACCAUAUAGCUGUAAUCAAUGUGGAAAGUGUUUUGCUCAUGCAGGCAACCUGGUAGCACACCUGAGAAUACACACUGGAGAGAAACCUUAUAGCUGUGAUCAAUGUGGGAAGGGUUUUACUUCAUCUAGCCAUCUGACUACACACCAGAGAACACACAGGAGAGAAACCUCAUAGCUGUCAUCAAUGUUGGAAGAGAUACUCUGACAAAAGAUCUGUGAUUUAAACAUCAGAAAAUACAUGAAGGAGUUGUUUCAGGAUAUCAAUGAAAUAAUGUCACAAUGUAGAAUGUUUUAACAUUGUAGUAGGAGUAUAUUAAUGAUGUCAUAAUGUAGAAUGUUUUAACAUUGUAGUAGGAGUAUAUUAAUGAUGUCACAAUGUAGAAUGUUUUAACAUUGUAGUAGGAUUAUAUUAAUGAUGUCAUAAUGUAGAAUGUUUUAACAUUGUAGGAGUAUGUUAAUGUCACAAUGUAGAAUGUUUUAAAAUCACAGGAGUAUUUGAAUUAAUAUGACAAUGUACAAUGUUUUUAACAUUGUAGUAAUGUAACCUUUAUUUAAGUCAGUUAAGAACAAAGUCUUAUUUACAAUGGUAAAAUGUCAUUAAAAAGACGUUGACAAGAAGACCAGACUAGACAUCCAUCAUGGUCGGUUUUGGUUGAAAGUGAAAGUUGAAAAGACAUCUUCUUCGGGUGGUUGUGCUCAGCGAUUUGAAAACAACUUAAUUUCAAUGUACUUGCAGCCUAUACACAUGGACUAUCAAAAAUUGGUCUGUGAACAAUUUUAUUGACAAUCCUACAUCACUCCAGUAUACACGGUAUUUCUUUACAACAUUAUAGUGCGAAUUGUCUUUAUUCCAGUACCGAAGAAGCAUGACUCAAAUCACCUCAUAUUUCAAACAUCCAGCCCAACAAAAGAUACAUUUUCAUUAAUCCAUGCCUCACUAUGUUAAUUAUUAUAACAAAGGGGGG